CGAAUACGAAAGCAAGCAGGGUUUAUUCAUUCCCCGUUAUGGCUGAUUGGAGUAAGCGCCUUGCGGGCAUUAAGGGGCUGGUGUUAGAUAUUAGCGGGGUACUUUAUGACAGUGGAGGCGAAGGAGGCGGAGUCCCUAUUCCAGGAUCUAUAGAAGCUGUGAAAAAGAUAAAGUCUUCUGGUCUGAAGUUGAGAUUCUGCACCAAUGAAACCCAAGCUACUAGAGACAAGUUUGUUGAAAAGUUGCAGCGGUUAGGUUUUGACAUUGUGGUGGAUGAAGUCACUGCUCCAGCACCAGCAGCAUGCCGAAUUCUGAAGGAACGUAACCUGAGGCCACACCUCCUUGUGCAUGAUGAUGUUAUCCCUGAAUUUGCUGAUAUUAAUAAAGCAGACCCAAACUGUGUGGUGAUUGGUGAUGCGGCAGACAACUUUUCAUACAAAAACCUUAAUGAUGCCUUCCAAGUUCUCAUUGGUCUGGAGAAUCCAGUUCUCUUGUCUCUGGGGAAAGGACGCUAUUAUAAAGAAACUGAUGGCCUAAAACUUGAUGUUGGAGUAUACAUGAAGGCAUUGGAGUAUGCCUGCGACAUUCAAGCUGAGGUUGUAGGAAAACCAGCCAAAAUGUUUUUCCAAUCAGCCUUGACAGAAAUGGACAUUGAACCACACCAGGCCAUCAUGAUUGGGGAUGAUAUUGUAAAUGAUGUAGGAGGUGCCCAGCGAUGCGGUAUGACAGCUCUGCAAGUACGGACUGGGAAGUACAGGCCUUGUGAUGAGCAGCACCCAGAAGUGAAAGCAGAUGGUUAUGUGAAUAAUCUUGCAGAGGCUGUGGAUGUAAUUUUAAAGCAGUUGGACAAGUGAAAACGCUGGGGAAGUUGACUGAAGACAGAAAGAUGGCUGGCUUAGCAUGGACAAAACCAUGCAUUCUGUUUGCCUUGGUUACUUGUCUUCACUCAGUUUUUCAUGCAGUAAUAUUAGAAUUUUUUUUUCUAAGUGUGUGUAGCUAAAAUGAAAUGCUGACUAUAUAAAACAUAACAACACGAAGUCUGAUGCAUGUAGGUAGCCCUUCAAACAAGAAGCCUUUCCAGUCUUAAUUACCUGGUUGGGUUAUAUCUAACCAUAUCAUAUCCCUGAAUAAAUGUCUGUGCCACAUAGUGCUUGGCGUGGGACCUUUUUCCUGCCCUGGGUGGCUGUACUCCCACCCCCAACCCCACCCCUAUCUUUUCUUUUGUAGAAGAAACUCAAAAGAGAAGGGUCACCAAUCAGGCCAGCAGUAGGUGACUCGAGAAUGAGAAGAUUUUUUUUAAAAAAAUUAUCGGCAGUACUAUCCUUUCUUAAGCUUUCUGUACGUUCAGUCUUCUGUGUUGGGGGGAUGGGUGCAAGGAUUUGGAAAAUCACUGAGAUUGCUGGGUGAGCCUCAUUGCAUCCAGUCCUAAUAUGCCUUCGGUCUUGGAAAAUGCAACUUUGCAACAGAAGAGGACUCUGUAUUUUGCUGAUGGUAGCACCAUGGAGCAGCAGCACAAAAAUCUGUCCCUGCUUCCAUCCUUUGGCACAGUUCUAACAUUUGCUUUUUUUAAAGCCCUGUUUUAAUAAAGUGGAGAGUGAAGGCAUAAAUACAA